AUGCCCGUCAUCGCGUCGUCCUCGCUCGCGCGCGCCGCGCCCGUCGCGGCGUCCGCGCGCGCGUCCCAAACCCGACCGCCGCGCGCGCCCCCGCGCGUCGCCGCCGCUUCGAGAUCGUCGCGCGUCGUCGUCGGGUUUCUUCGAUCCCCGCGAAAACGCGGCCCGAUCCUCCCGCCGCUCGCGCACCGCGCGGUCGUCCAGGAGGACUGCGACGCCGACUGCGUCGCGGAGACGUGGGAGGAGCUCGAGGCGGAGGUCGCGAACGAGGUCGUCGGGAACGUCAUGACGCCGCGCGCGAACGUCUCGUGCGCGCGCGCGUCGGACAACGUCCUCGACGCGCUGGAGGUGCUGGUGUCCAAUCGACACAGCGGCGUGCCCGUGCUCGACGACGACGAGCGCGUCGUCGGCGUCAUCUCGGAGUACGACCUCAUGGUGCGGAUCGGCCGCGAGGGGAAGAAGCAGAGCGAGAAGGAUGACGGGAUGUUCCCGAAGAUUGGGCGCUGCGACGAGUUCGGAGGCGCCGUGAAAGACAUGUGGAGCCGGUUCAUCGACCUUCAAGACCGCAUGGAGAAGGCGCAGGUGACGACCGUGCGCGAGGCGAUGCACGACGCGAUGACGUGCACGCCGGAGACGCUGCUCGUGGACGCGACGGACGCGAUGUUGAACGAGCGCCGGCACAGGAUAUGCGUCGUCGACGAAGACGACAAGGUCCGUUCUAUCUUACACUGUUCCCCGUACGACCGCGUCGGCGUGGUGAACGCCGUUCCUUAA